CUCCUGCUAUCUGUGUUCGGCGGAGGAAGAGAGACGCAGCAACGAGUACCCUCGACCUGCGGCCCGGUGACAUUCAACCCCAUUGACCCCAUUGAACACGGAAGAGCGAAACCAUGGCGAAGCCGCUGACGGACCAGGACAGGAGGAAGCAGAUAUCGGUGCGGGGACUGGCCGGCGUGGAGAACGUCACGGACCUGAAGGCGAAUUUCAACCGACACCUCCACUUCACGCUGGUUAAGGACCGGAACGUGGCCACCAAGCGGGACUACUACUUCGCCCUGGCCAACACGGUGCGGGACCACCUGGUGGGCCGCUGGAUCCGCACGCAGCAGCACUACUAUGAGAAGGACCCCAAACGUGUCUACUACCUGUCCCUGGAGUUCUACAUGGGCCGGACUCUGCAGAACACCAUGGUGAACCUGGCUUUGGAGAAUGCCUGUGAUGAGGCUACAUACCAGCUGGGCCUGGACAUGGAGGAGCUGCAGGACAUUGAGGAAGAUGCCGGUCUAGGCAACGGUGGACUGGGGCGUCUGGCUGCUUGUUUCCUGGACUCCAUGGCCUCUUUGGGUCUGGCCGCAUACGGAUAUGGCAUCCGCUACGAGUUUGGCAUCUUCAAUCAGAAAAUGGUCAACGGCUGGCAGGUGGAAGAAGCUGACGACUGGCUGCGUUAUGGUAACCCCUGGGAGAAGGCUCGCCCUGAGUACAUGCGCCCAGUCCACUACUAUGGAAGAGUGGAACACACAGAUGAAGGAGUGAAGUGGGUCGACACACAGGUUGUACUGGCUCUUCCCUAUGACACCCCAGUGCCCGGCUACAGGAACAACAUUGUCAACACCAUGAGACUGUGGUCUGCUAAGGCCCCCUGUGACUUCAACCUCAAAGACUUUAAUGUUGGUGGUUACAUCCAAGCUGUGCUGGACCGAAACCUGGCAGAGAACAUCUCCAGGGUUCUCUACCCCAACGACAACUUCUUUGAGGGGAAGGAGUUGCGUCUAAAACAGGAGUACUUUGUUGUAGCUGCGACUCUUCAGGACAUCAUCCGUCGAUUCAAAGCCUCCAAGUUUGGCUCCACAGAGUUUGUGCGCUUGGACCUUUCUACUCUGCCAGAAAAGGUGGCCAUCCAGCUGAAUGACACUCACCCUGCUUUGGCCAUCCCUGAACUGAUGAGGAUCCUGGUGGAUGUUGAGAAACUCACUUGGAAGCAGGCCUGGGACAUUGUGGUCCGUACCUGUGCCUACACAAACCACACCGUCCUGCCUGAAGCUUUGGAGCGUUGGCCAGUUGACCUCUUCCACAAUCUCCUGCCUCGACACCUGGAGAUAGUCUAUGAGAUCAACAGGAGACACCUGGAGCGCAUAGCUAAGGUUUACCCUGAUGAUCAGGACCGCAUGCGCCGGAUGUCGCUGAUCGAGGAAGGGGAUGUCAAGAAAAUCAACAUGGCUCACCUGUGCAUUGUGGGAUCUCAUGCUGUCAAUGGAGUGGCUCGUAUCCACUCCGAAAUCAUCAAAAGCACUGUGUUCAAAGAUUUCUAUGAACUCGACCCUGAGAAGUUUCAGAACAAGACCAACGGCAUCACACCCAGGCGCUGGCUGGUCAUGUGCAACCCUGGCCUGGCUGAGGUCAUCGCUGAGAGGAUUGGUGAUGACUACAUCCGCGAUCUGGACCAGCUGAAGAACCUUCUGGACUUCGUAGAUGAUGAUGCCUUCAUUCGAGAUGUUGCCAAAGUCAAGCAAGAGAACAAGAUGAAGUUUGCCGCCUACCUUGAAGAACACUACAAGGUGAAAAUCAACCCCAACUCCAUGUUUGAUGUCCAUGUGAAAAGGAUUCAUGAAUAUAAAAGGCAGUUGCUCAACUGCCUCCACAUCAUUACACUGUACAACUGCAUCAAGAAGGAGCCUUCUAAGUCAUGGACCCCCAGGACAAUCAUGAUCGGAGGAAAGGCUGCUCCAGGUUACCACACUGCCAAGAUGAUCAUCAAGCUGAUCACAUCAAUUGGAGACAUUGUCAACAAUGACCCAGUGGUGGGAGAUCGCCUCAAGGUCAUCUUCCUGGAGAACUAUCGGGUCACUCUGGCUGAGAAAGUCAUCCCUGCAGCCGACCUGUCAGAGCAGAUAUCCACAGCAGGCACCGAGGCCUCUGGCACCGGGAACAUGAAGUUCAUGCUGAACGGUGCCCUCACCAUCGGCACAAUGGACGGGGCCAACGUGGAGAUGGCGGAGGAGGCUGGAGAGGAGAACCUCUUCAUCUUUGGCAUGAGGGUGGAGGAUGUUGAUGCUAUGGACAAGAAGGGUUAUGACGCCAUGUCGUACUACAACCGUAUCCCAGAACUGAAGCAGGCCAUGGACCAGAUUUCAGGAGGCUUCUUCAGCCCUGGGCAGCCUGGCCUCUUCAAAGACCUCGUCAAUAUGUUGAUGAACCAUGACAGGUUCAAGGUGUUUGCAGACUAUGAAGACUACAUCAAAUGCCAGGAGAAAGUUGGUGCACUCUAUAAGAACCCCAAAGAGUGGACCAAGAUGGUGAUCCACAACAUUGCUGGCAGUGGCAAAUUCUCCAGUGAUCGCACCAUUUCCCAGUAUGCCAGGGAGAUCUGGGGCAUGGAGCCCAGCCUGGAGAAGAUCGCAGCUCCUGACGAUCCUCGCUAAACCACCUCAUCGGCCUCCAACCAACCGUAGCCUGCCCCGUGGUCCAGCCAGGAGAGACAACCCUGUAGAUUGCUAACUGUGUACCCUGGCAUUAUUUCAUUACAUUACUGAUCCUUGUACACGCGCUAAUACUUCCACUUCAUCUUAUAGUAAUAUGUAUUAAUAUGGCCUCAUUCAAAAUAUGCAUUUUUUUCCCCUGUGUGCACCAGCUUUGUAUAUUCUUACUGUGGGGUGAAAACCCUGUUUCUCCCCAUUGGCAUUUCAGCAGCAAAGAAACAGCCUGGUUUUCACUUUGGAAUCAUGGGGUUCUUCGGCAGGAGUGAUUAAAGAGAUACAUCUGUAUUUUGUCAAAGUCCAAUGGUCCCUCCAUUCUCCAAAAUGUCUUUGCCAGUGAUGUUUGGAAAUUAAAGGUCCAAACACCUAUCAUGAGUGGAAUCAAAUUGUGUACACAGCGUUGUACUGUAUCUGGGACUGUGUCUUUAACCAGACUUGGACUUUCAUACUUUGGUUUUCACACUACAGUGAUAUUCAAACCCCAGUUCUAACUUGCUUCAGGGCCCUUGUGGCUACCAAAACCCAGCAAAAAUGUCAGUAGACCUCAGAACUGUUUUUGUUCCAAAAUAACCUGUCUUCCAUGAAAGUGAGAAAAGGACACACAGUGGCUAAUGUGCAGCAGAGGCUCAAAGCAGCAUUCUGACUGGAUGGUGUUGGAAGAAAGCCACUUCUCCAUAUUGCCAGCAAAAUAAUGUUCACAUUAAUAUUUCAUAUUAAAAGACUCCAACUGCUCUGUUAGUGUGUUUUGGUGUGUGCUGAAUGUAUCCAAUUGUGUGUGUGUGUGUAUAAUUAGUAAUGGUCAGGGGAGCCCUGUUUACCUGAGAUCUCCUCAGCAUGUCUGUGUCUCCUUCUGCUGUACUCUGAUCCUAAAAGUGCCCUGUGUUAGAAUGAUGAAGCCUUCAGGGCCUAAUGUCUACACGAUGGAAUCUGAGAGAUGUGAGUAUUCUGUAGUGUUUCUGUGUGUGUACCAUUUGACAAGUGUAUGACACUGUGGAUAUCAGCCUUAUUGAUGUACUGUAACAGCAUCCUGUCCUGCUUCAGCUGCUCUGUAUGACUGACUACUGUGGUGCCGCAGAAAACUGUUCUUGACACUUAACCCAACAUUUUCGCUGUCAGCCUGUGCUUUUCUUUUUUUGUCAAUAAAUGACAAAUUACAUCAA